AUGAAUUUCCAGGAACUUAAGAAGAGGCGUUGUAUGGGAAAACGGAACUUAAUAUUUACUCAAAAGAUUUGUCAACUUACGAAAGAUACAGCCCUGUCUCAUUAUCAUAAUCGAUUGUUGUAUGAGUUCUCCAGAAUUAAAGAAUGUGAAGUACUCAAAAAACCUCCAUGUUGCCGUACAGUAUGCUUGAGCUGCUUCCAUGCGCACAGCAUUACUGAAAAAGCUAUUCGAAUUAAAAAGAGAGUUGCUCGUCGUCGCUCACCACUUCAAAUUGAUCAAGUAUUUAUCUGCAAACUAUGUGGUGCGAAAGAAGUGUCUCGUGGAUUUGUACCUAAAGAAUACAAGUGCCCAAUGAAGAAAAGUACUUCACAAGAAACAUCUGUCACAGAAACAAAGAAAAAAACAAAGAAAAAGAAAAAGUCUAAAAUGAAUAUUUUCAAGACAGAAACCGCUCAUACGACGACGAUGCCUAUCAAAACUAAGCCAGUGUCAUCUGUUAAUACAUUUACAACAUUUAUGUCAUCUUUAUGCUAA